GUGAAGAUAUGAUCCCUACAGUGGGCUUCAACAUGAGGAAAGUAACUAAAGGUAACGUUACAAUAAAGUUUCCUGGAAGCUUUGUUGGGGAUGCGUGAACUUAUGUAACGACAAGCAACGUAGGAUAGAAGAAUCGGAAGUGGAGGUGUCUGAAAACUCCCCAGAAAGCCCACCACCUCCCCAGCCACCACGCCAAACUGACCUCUAGCCAGGAACAGGCCCGUGACCCUUUCUGAGACAAGGAAGCCCUCUGCCCAGCAGAUGAAGGAGCUGAUGAGCUGGCAGGCAGAAGUGUUGGGUUCUUUGUGGACCACGUGGAACACCUGACUUCACCGCCCCUGAGUGCUCAGAGGCACAGAACAGUUGGCUGUUCUUAUAGAGAACUUCCGCCAUCAGAAAAGCUUGAUGAAGGACUUCAGGUUUUGAAGAGGAGUACAAACAGGCUGAAUGUGCCCUACAUGCCCCUGGAAUCUUCCACCAUUUUGGAUUGAGUCCACAAGAUGGAGUAGGAUGGGCCAUCUGAACCUAACCUCAGGGUCCAGAGGAGAAACCCCAGCCUUCCCGCCCCCUGGAAACUAGCAGUUGUCCGCUAGUUGAAGCAGUGGAAUUUGGCAAGGCAAUGUGCAAUGGAAACCUGCAUAUUGGAGAAUCUGUUCUCCUGCAGUCCCCCUUUGCCUUCAGUACCUCACUUCCCUUUGGGGGCAAAACCUAAUGACCCAGGGUUUUCUCUUGACAGCUGGCCAGAGCUAAUAGAUGUGGACCUUCAGACCGCUGCCCCGCUGCUAGACUUCAUGUCCAAACUCAGACAGCUGACAGCAAACUUUUCCUCCUGCUGAACUCAAUAAGGGCCAGGAGUUACCUGGAGUACGCAAUCAAAUAUCAACGGUGACCGCUGUAUGUCACGGGAGGCCAGAUGUGAGACUUCCUAUAUCUUCAUGAAGCUGUGUGUGGAAUGAUGGAGAAUGUGGGAGAACACAGCUCUCGGUGAAGUACUUGGCUGUGCAGAUGAACGACUAAAGCGGUGGCUAACACCUUGACUACAGACCUGAUUAGCCAGGGCUUUCCCUCCUCAAACCGUCCUCAUCUCCCUCAGUCAAGCGACGAGAACCUUUGCUUCGACAGCAGAGAGCUCUUUGGGGAAGUCAUCAGCCAGAUUCUGUGCCCCAGACUAACAGCUGGAAGACAGUAUCUGCAGUUCUCUGUGUUCCUUGCUUUCUGUAAUGAAGCAAAGGCCACAAAGGAAUGGUUUCAGCUGGGGUCAGGCCUCUGUCCCUUCAUUCGAGUCAGCCUACAAGGAACAGUAUUUCUGGGCAGGGUGAAACUGGAGAGGUAAGGGCAGCAAGUCCACAGAGAAACGGUAGAACUCCCAACAGAAGCUGAACCAGCAGUGUGAGGCAAUCCCACAUGCAAAAAUAUACCUGUGGCAGGGUCAGCUGGCUGAGUUUUGCUAAUGUUAAGAAGAAAUCACCACCACCACCUGGAACUUGAAUAUUUGUCUUCACGGAGUAUAUCACACAAAAUUCACGAGCACUAGCCACAUUGUGUAUCCCCUUGACAAACCCCACAGUGGCACCAAAGGACCAUAGAAUUGUCGCUGACGUCGACACCACAUCAGCAAGAGAUUUAACCUUUUCUCCAAGUCGCCAGAAGAUCAAGGGGCCCGUGGCCAACUUCUAAUUUUUUUAGGCCUGAGGAAUCAAAACCAAUGGGUUGCAAGAGUGAGAGUCAAGGUGCUGGCGUGGAGAAAGCCAUUCCUUCCUAUCGCACUGGAAGACAGUUUGUGCCCUGGACUCGGUUGCAGAGAACUGCACCCCUCCACUUUAGCCAACCUGGUCCGUUGGUGCCCGCAGCAGAGGUGUGGGUCUGAUCACUAAUGUCAGGUGCGGGUAAGGUCAGCUGCGUUGAAUGAAUGAAUGAAAGAGCAGCUGCCGCCAUCAGGAUACCUGGGGGACGAGUCCCGAGGGCAUGUGGAAACAGACCCCAGAGUGAUCAUCAACUUCGGCCAACUCGGGCUACGAUCUGGGAUAUAGGUGGGCAGCCCCGAUUCCGAAGCAUGUGGGAGCGAUACUGCCGUGGCGUUAAUGCUAUUGUUUACAUGAUAGAUGCCGCCGACCGUGAAAAAAUAGAAGCCUCUCGAAAUGAACUGCACAAUCUUCUAGACAAACCACAGUUACAAGGAAUCCCUGUGCUAGUACUUGGAAACAAGAGAGAUCUUCCUAAUGCCCUGGAUGAGAAACAGCUAAUUGAAAAAAUGAAUCUGUCUGCUAUUCAGGACCGAGAAAUUUGCUGCUAUUCAAUUUCUUGCAAAGAAAAGGAUAAUAUAGAUAUCACACUUCAGUGGCUUAUUCAACAUUCUAAAUCUAGAAGAAGCUGAAGUCUUUCCUGGAGUCUCCCAGACCUUGUUGGCCAUAAACCCAGAAUUAUUGUCCAUUCCUUUGAUGAAGUACUACCCAGAAUACAGUCCAUCAUGUAUCCGAGAACUUGCCUUUUUCUGAGUUAAUUUCUCAUAUGCACUGCUGAAGACAUGUAACCCUAAUCCUUCAAAAAGAAUUAACUAGAGUUGUCAUGAUAAGUGUCAGCACAAAAAAAGGCUUAUUACACGGAGUUGCCUGAACCAUGUGUAGAGCUUUUCUAAAACAACUUCAACCAUCUUAAAUCAUGAAAUACGCCUAUUUCAGUUCUGGUCUUUUUGGUCCAGAUUUUUAUAUUGAUUUUGAGCAACUGUCGAUGGUAUUUAAUUAUAGAAUUAUAUAGCUUGAUACUGAUGUGCAACAGCAUGAAGAUUCUAGUGCCACAUACAGUAUUUAGAAAAACCUUUAAACCUGACUUGUGGGAUAUCGGCCUAUUGUUUCACUGUCUUAUCUCACAGAUGCAUGUGAAAUGUAUAUUUUAAGCCUUAGCAAUGGAAGCUGUCUGCAAAGGGGGAGCACAAGGCACAAGAUCAAUAUCACCAUUUAUCCUCUACACUAGUGAGGCCAUACCCAGUGAUUUUCGUUUUAAAUUUAAAUUUUUUAGAAUAUACCACUUUCUGGUGAACCAUUACAGUCAAUGGUGGUUGGGAUGUGGGAGGAAUGAAGACAUGCUGUCUUGUAUUUAUCCAAAUCAUCGCUUAUAUCCUUUUUGGUUUUACACUUUCAUUAAAGGGGUAGGAUCAAUGACUUUCUCAAAAGCUUUCAAGGAUUUUGAGCAUUCCAAUCAGUGUAAUAACAUUUGCUAAGACUGUCAGACUUUGUUCAACACCUGCACGUUUUUUUCUACCGUCAGUCAUUUAGGUCAGUGCUGCAGCAUGACACUUGAACUAUUGAAUUUUGAUAUCCAAUCAUGAAUCACGUGGACUUUCCGCACAAAAGCUACUACUAAAGCAGUUCUUUUUUUGUGUCUCUUACUGACGUAAGAUUUGGUGCCCUUUUGCAAGGUGCCACCAGACAUCUUGGUUAUUGUGACAACUCUAGACCGACCAGCUUUUCUCAAUGUAUUCUUCAUGUGCAAAGUCUACCAAUUGUACGAAAAGCCGAAGAUGUCAAAAGAAAAAGAGCCAGUUGGUUGAUCCUAUUAUUGAUUAAUUUCUAUAGAGAAAUGGGAACAUUCAAGUGAACUUCUCUUUGUAGCUUUACUUGGUGACUCUGUGUAUCUAAAGGGACACGCUUGUCAUGCUGGUUCAUUCAUAAAAUGAAAUUGAUGUAAAUCACUGUAGUAGAUAAAACUCUCUAUGGUUCACCUGCUUAUGUGUUGCCUCACACUGUGUGUGACUUUUUUUUAAAAGCAGCACGCAAUGUAGACAGUGCGUUUUCCAGACUUGUUGAUCAUGCCAAGUGGAGUUGCUGAUGAAUUAUUUUAAUGACUGCCAUUUUAAUUUCUAGGUUGUUACGGCCUUAAGAAUUACUGCACUAUGGUGCACAGGCACUAUUGGUUUUUCUCCAGUCACAUUUUUAAAAGAGGGAAAAAAUGGGGCUUUUAAGAUUGUUCUCUUCCUUUAAAGCAUGUUGCAUACUUCCUAUACUAUGUUGGUGCUGUAGGUAAAGUUAUAUUAACCGGCUACUGUAGUUGAACAUCUUUAAUGUUCACGAUGAACUGCUAUACUUUAUUUAGCAACUUGCUUGUGCCUAAGCUGAGGAAAUUAAUCUAGAAUGUGUGAAUCUUAAGAGGGGACCAGGUCUCUGUUUAGUUAAAUGACCUCUAGCUGAAUCUGAUGUGUUUAGUGUUUAUCUAAUUCACGACUUUCAGCAUUUUUAAGGUAUUCAGACACUACUACCAACUGUUUCCCUGUGCAUUAACCUCUGCAUGUGAAAACGUAGAGUUACCAAACUUUGUAAAUAAGUGAAUUUUUUUUUUAUUUAGGUGGGUGCAUUUCUGUCCAUUUACUGCUUUUCUCAGCUUUAUUCAAUACACUUGCGUUUCCAGGGUUGUAUUGACAAUUUUAACUCGCAGAAUUACUCUAGAUGUGCAUCAUGACGGAAAGUAUUGACUUUAUUGGAGAAGGAGUGGAGAGACAAUUAUGGGCCUUCUGACCAGGUGCUUAAAGAAGUGAAAUUGGGCCUCAGGACUGUGGGCAAGAAAGAAUUGAAAUAAACGUUUAAAGUACAAUCCA